AACAUCGCGCCAGUCCACAAUUGCCUGUAAUCGUGGUGUUUUCGUAUCUUCUAUCUCCUCGUUCUCGCGUAUCUAGCGACAUUCAAUUCUAAUUGUUCUUCUAAAGCAAUAAUCGAAGUCAAUAUUCCUACUUCUAGUUUGUUACAAAAAAAGACAAUUUAAACAUCGAAAAAUAAGGAAGCUCGACUAGCUACACUUGCAAACCGCUUGGCAAAUACAUGGCGGAACCGUGGCAGGGACCGUCAAAGCAGGGCUUGUAUGAUCCUAGUUUCGAAAAAGAAGCGUGCGGUGUUGGUUUCAUUGUUGCCAUUGAUGGACACCGUUCGCAUAAGAUAGUUCAAGAUGCACAACGUUUGGCAAUUUCUAUGAACCACAGAGGCGCUUGCGCUUGUGACAAUGAUACCGGAGAUGGCGCAGGCGUACUCACUGCGAUUCCUCAUGAUUAUUACGCUGCUAUAUUAAGACGUGAAGAGUUUAAUGUGCAACUACCCCCAUUCGGACGCUAUGGUACUGGAAUAUUUUACUUGGAUAAACUACAUCACCAAGAAUCAGAAGCCAAAUUUACGGCACUCGCUAAAGAAGUGGGAAUUAAUGUCCUCGCAUGGCGUACUCUUCCAACCGAUAACUCAAACAUCGGUCAAGUAGCCAAAAAUGCUGAGCCAUUUAUGCGACAAGUUUUCAUUGCUCCAAUAAAGGAGAUCAGUGACGCAGAAAUUGACACUCAAUUUUUUGUUCUGCGUAAAAGAGCGACCCACUCAAUUCCGUCGCCCGGGCGGCGCUUUUACAUUUGCUCAUUAAGCAGACUCGUCGUCGUUUAUAAAGGUCAAUUAACGUCCGAUCAGUUAUGGACUUAUUUCCCAGAUUUGCUCGAUCCGCUUUACAACACUUACCUAGCCCUUGUUCACACCAGAUUUUCCACCAACACCUUUCCGAGUUGGGAACGUGCUCAUCCGCUAAGAAUGAUCGCACAUAAUGGUGAAAUCAACACGUUGCGAGGAAACGUGAAUUUUAUGAAAGCUCGCGAAGGUGUCAUGAAGAAUAGCGAAUUUGGCAAGAGCUUACAGUUGCUCUAUCCGGUCGUCGAGCCCAAUUUAUCAGACAGUGGAUCUGCGGAUUGUGUGCUCGAAUUUCUGGUUCACGCCGGUAAACGCUCUUUACCUGAGGCCGUUAUGACUAUGGUACCCGAGGCGUGGCAUAAUGACAUAACAAUGAGCAAUGAAAAACGUGACUACUAUCAGUGGGCAGCUUGUAUUAUGGAACCUUGGGAUGGACCAGCGCUCAUUUCUUUUACCGACGGCCGUUUUAUCGGCGCUAUUUUAGAUCGUAACGGCUUAAGACCUUCGCGAUUUUACGUCACCGAUGAUAAUAUAUUGAUAAUGGCUAGUGAGGUUGGAGUUUACAAUGUAGAUCCAGCUAAAGUGACGUUAAAAAGUCGCUUAAAACCCGGCAGAAUGCUAUUGGUUGAUACUAAGGAGCAGUCUGUUAUCCAAGAUAUUCAACUGAAGAAGGAAAUCGCACAGUCACGCCCCCAUUCACUUUGGUUGAAAGAGCAGAUGAUUACAAUGGACGAACUUCGCGCGGCGCAUUCCGAAGUUGGCCAUCCGAAAACAAUAAAAUAUCAAGCGAGCGGAUUAGCCGAUCAGAGAUUGCCACUGUUUGGAUAUUCCACGGAAGCUAUACAUCUGCUGUUACUACCCAUGAUAAAUGACAAAAAAGAAGCACUGGGAAGUAUGGGCAACGAUGAACCAUUAUCCUGUCUCUCUUCAUUCGCUCCACUUCUUUAUACUUAUUUCAAGCAGUUAUUUGCACAAGUCACCAAUCCUCCGAUUGACCCAUUUCGAGAGAAGGUCGUUAUGUCGUUACAGUGCCCGAUCGGACCCGAGGCUAACAUCCUCCAACCCGACGCUAAACAAGUGCACCGCUUAUGGUUGAAGCAACCGGUCAUUUCCAUUGCCGAUUUGGAAGUGUUGAAGCUCACUAAUCACCGUGGUUGGAGUGCACACGUUUUAGAUACAACUUUCCCAGUUGCCGAAGGAAUCGCGGGUCUCCUCCCAAAACUCCAAGCUAUUUGUGAUGAAGCCGAGGCGGCGAGUAAAGAAAAUCAAAUUCUUGUAAUAUCUGAUAGAAUGGCUGGUCCGGAAAGGGUACCAAUAAGUAGUCUGCUAGUGUUAGGUGCUGUACAUCAUUCCUUAAUCGAAACACGUUCCCGGAUGAAAGUUGCGUUAGUUGUCGAAAGCGGUGAGGUUCGUGAAGUUCACCACAUUUGUGUGCUCUUAGGUUACGGUGCCGACGCCAUCUGCCCCUAUUUAGCGUUAGAAUUGGCGUCAAGUUUACGCGAUCAAGGGAUCAUCGAUUGCAAUUACACCGACGAGAUGAUAUUCAAUAACUAUUCGCAGGCCAUGCAAACGGGUAUUAGUAAGGUAAUGGCCAAAAUGGGUAUUUCCACCUUACAGUCGUACAAAGGUGCCCAAAUCUUUGAAGCGGUGGGUUUAGGUGAUGACGUUAUCGAUAAAUGUUUUAGGGGGACUCCGUCUCGUCUUGGUGGAGUAACAUUGGAAUUGUUAGCUACGGAAGCUGUCGAGCGUCAUAAUAAUGCUUAUAAGUUUUCACCUGAUACUUUAGUCCUUAGGGACGCAGGUAAUUAUUAUUGGCGAGCCGGUGGUGAAAAACAUAUCAAUGACCCUGGUAGUAUCGCAGCCUUACAGGAAUCCGCACUGACCAAGAAUAAAUCGGCAUAUGAUAAAUUUAGAGAGGCAACAAUGGAGUCGGUUAAGAACUGUAUGCUGAGAGGUCGAUUAGAAUUGCGUACUUUAGACCAAGCGCUUCCUUUGUCAGAGAUUGAAUCUGCUUCCAAUAUUGUUAAACGUUUCGCAACUGGUGCUAUGAGUUUUGGAUCUAUAAGUUUAGAAGCGCAUCAAACUUUGGCAAUUGCGAUGAAUAAGUUCGGUGGUAAAAGUAACACUGGUGAAGGAGGAGAGGAUGCCGAAAGAUAUUUGGACGCCGAAAAACGUUCCUCGAUUAAGCAGGUGGCUUCUGGACGGUUUGGGGUGACAUCCUCGUAUUUGGCACAUUCCGAUGACUUGCAGAUUAAAAUGGCGCAAGGUGCCAAGCCAGGGGAGGGUGGCGAAUUGCCUGGAUAUAAAGUUUCUCCUGACAUAGCUAAGACUAGACAUUCGGUUCCUGGAGUGGGAUUAAUUUCACCGCCGCCUCACCACGAUAUCUAUUCCAUUGAAGAUCUUGCCGAACUAAUAUACGAUUUGAAAUGUGCCAAUCCCAAUGCUCGCAUUUCCGUUAAACUUGUGUCAGAAGUCGGCGUGGGAGUGGUGGCGUCUGGAGUUGCAAAAGGCAAAGCGGAACAUAUCGUCGUUUCCGGUCACGAUGGCGGUACUGGGGCGAGUUCCUGGACCGGAAUUAAAAACGCGGGCUUACCUUGGGAAUUGGGAAUAGCCGAAACUCAUCAAGUACUAGUCUUAAAUAACCUCCGAUCUCGAAUAGUGCUCCAAGCUGAUGGGCAAAUUCGUACGGGUUUCGACGUCAUAGUCGCCGCGCUUUUAGGUGCGGACGAAAUCGGGUUUAGCACAGCUCCGUUAAUUGUAAUGGGUUGCACAAUGAUGCGUAAGUGCCAUCUGAACACGUGCCCCGUGGGCAUUGCGACCCAAGAUCCCAUUCUUCGGAAAAAAUUCACCGGGCAGCCGGAACAUGUGAUUAAUUACUUCUUUAUGUUAGCCGAAGAAGUGCGAGAGCAUAUGGCGUCGCUUGGGGUUCGUAGCUACCAAGAACUUAUCGGUAGAACUGAUCUUCUGAGAGCUUCCGAGUGUGGGAACAUGAAAGCGAAGAUGCUCAAUUUAAAUUUAAUUUUACAAAACGCUUUGCAUUUACGACCCGGUGUAAACAUUAAGGGUGGAACCGAACGGCAAGAUUUUCAGUUAGAACAAAGACUUGACAACAAAUUGAUCGAGUUAUCGAAAGACGUGAUCGAUGGAAGAAGUAAAUAUGUUAAAAUUGAGAUGGACAUUACAAAUGAAUGCCGCGCCUUUGCGUCCACACUUAGUUAUUAUGUUUCAAUGAAAUAUAAUGAGGAGGGAUUACCGAAUGAUUCCAAGAUUGAUAUUUAUUUAAAGGGAUCUGCUGGUCAGAGUUUCUGUGCGUUUAUGGCUAACGGAAUUACGUGUACCUUAGAAGGUGAUGCUAAUGAUUAUGUAGGUAAGGGUCUUUCCGGCGGCAUCAUAAUAAUCUGCCCCCCGAAAACCUCAAAGUUCGAAUCACAUUUAAACGUCAUCGCCGGAAACGUUUGCCUGUAUGGUGCUACAAGUGGACGUGCUUACAUGCGGGGUAUAGCUUCGGAACGUUUCGCUGUUCGUAAUUCCGGAGCAGUCGCCGUUGUAGAGGGCGUCGGUGAUCAUGGUUGUGAAUAUAUGACGGGCGGCGUUGUACUUAUUUUAGGUUUAACCGGGCGUAAUUUUGCGGCGGGCAUGUCUGGUGGUAUAGCGUACGUGUGGGAUAUUGACGGAUCGUUUUCAAGUAAAUGCAAUCGCGAGAUGGUGGAGCUUUGCAAGUUGGAAGAUAAAGAGGAUUUGGACAUUGUAAGGACGUUGCUGCAAGAGUUCCAUGAGUACACUGGCAGUGUUCUUGCCGAACAGUUGCUGAAAGAAUUUAAAACUAGAAUGAAGGAAUUUGUGAAAGUUUUCCCCUAUGAAUACCAAAAGGUAUUGAAGCAGAAACUGACGGAAGUUGUCGCAAAACCAGUACUGCAUAAUUCGAUCGAGCCGAAUAUUAAAGACAUCGAAGAUUCUGUAGCUGAUCUGGCGAUUGAGCAGAAGAAGUCGGAGCGGGCGUUGGACAAACUAAGAGGUUUUAUGAAAUAUCCACGGGAGACUUCCGUGUAUAGGCAGGCAGAGAAACGCUUGAAGGACUGGGACGAAAUAUACAACUUUCCGCACGUACGCAAAGGUCUACGUGUGCAGGCUGCAAGAUGUAUGGAAUGUGGUGUUCCCUUCUGUCAGUCUAACGUCCACGGUUGUCCUUUGGGGAAUAUUAUUCCGAAGUGGAAUCUCUUAAUAUUUCAAAAUCAGUGGAGACAUGCACUUAAUCAAUUGCUCCAAACUAAUAAUUUUCCUGAGUUUACUGGUAGGGUGUGUCCUGCCCCGUGUGAAGCUGCAUGUGUUCUAGGUAUUUCUGAGCCGAGUGUUACCAUAAAGAACAUCGAGUGUGCUAUAAUAGACCAUGCAUUUGAGCAAGGUUGGAUUGUGCCGCAAAUUCCUUCAAUUCGUAGCGGAAAACGUGCAGCUGUCGUUGGUUCUGGACCGGCCGGACUCGCAUGCGCUCAACAGCUUAACAAAGCCGGGCAUUUAGUUACAGUAUUUGAAAGAAAUGAUCGAAUGGGUGGCUUGUUACAGUAUGGCAUUCCCACUAUGAAAUUAAGUAAAACUGUGGUGCAGAGGCGUGUGGAUUUAAUGGCAGCCGAAGGUGUCACUUUUAAACCAAAUAUUAAUGUUGGGAAAGAUAUUUCUGCUAAGGAUUUAAGUGAGGAGUUUGACGUUGUUGUCAUGUGUACUGGAGCUACUUGGCCUCGUGAUUUACCAUUACCAGGACGUCAACUUGCCGGCAUCCAUUUCGCGAUGGAGUUUUUGGAAAGUUGGCAAAAACGGCAACUGGGAACCACUAUGCCCGGACCAUUAGCCAAAGAUAAACACGUAAUUGUUAUCGGCGGCGGUGAUACCGGAUGUGAUUGUAUCGCUACGUCGCUCCGUCAAGGCGCCGCCUCAAUAACCACGUUUGAAAUUUUGCCCGAGCCGGGCAACAAUCGUAGCGCCGAUAACCCCUGGCCGCAAUGGCCGCGUAUUUUUAGAGUCGAUUAUGGACACGAUGAGGUUAAGGUUAAAUUUGGAUCCGAUCCGAGAGUGUUCAGCAUUAUGACGCAAGAAUUUCUCGACGACGGGAAAGGGCAAGUUGCGGGAGUGCGGACUGUAGCAGUUGAUUGGGUGAAGGAUGAUGCCGGACGGUGGCAGAUGAAUCAACGGCCUGGUUCUGAAAAAGUAUUUAAGGCGGAUUUGGUACUUCUCGCCAUGGGCUUCCUGGGACCAGAGCGUGCUAUCGCCGAUCAGCUUGGCCUUACACUAGACGCUCGUUCUAAUUUUAAUACCAAAGAUUACAAAACUAAUUUACCAAACGUUUACGCGGCAGGAGAUUGCCGCCGUGGACAGUCUUUAGUUGUUUGGGCGAUCGCGGAAGGUCGUCAAGCCGCUAGAAAAGCGGACGAAUUUUUAAACAAGGGUGAAACUGCACUACCUGGCCCCGGUGGCAUUGUUCAACCGAAUUUAAUUCCAGUAGCUUGCCCAGUUUAAAAUGUUUUAAUUUUAUUUUGUAUUAGUGUUUGAAAUGUUAUUAAAGGAAGUAUUUAAUUAC